CUACAAACGCGAAUAGAUUAGGGUUUAAGGAUUAAAAUCGCAGCAAGCCAAAUAAACCCUUGAAGAAGCUAAACCUCCCGAAAAUUUUUGGUCAGUGUUAUAUUGGGUUCAUUGACAAUGGCGGUACUGGAAGAGAAAAACCCUAAAUCUCCCUCUUUUGAAGAUAGCAAGAAGAAAAGGAAGCGAAAGCGGAACAGAGUUAAGAAGUCGGAGCCCCAAAUCACUGAUAACAACACGGAUAGAGAAGAGGAUGAAGAGAACGAGGAAUUUGAACAAGAGAACCACGAGGAAGAUGAAACGGAAACGAGGGAAGUUGAAAUUGACGAGAAAAAGAAAAUGAAGAUGAAGAAGAAGAAGAAGAAAAAUAAGAAAGUGAAGGGUGAAGAUGAUGAGAAACAAGAAAAGGGAACUGAUGACGAAGAAGAAGAAAAACAAACUACUGAUGAUGAAGGGAAAAAGGAAGAGAUAAAGGAGAAAAUGAACAGUGGGGGAAGUGGGAUAAUGAGCACGGAGUCAUUUGAGUCCUUAGGAUUGUCUGAGCCAACUUUUAAAGCUAUUAAAGAGAUGGGUUUUCAGUAUAUGACUCAGAUUCAAGCAAGAGCUAUUCCACCACUUAUGAUUGGCAAAGAUGUUCUUGGGGCUGCAAGAACGGGUUCUGGGAAAACCCUUGCUUUCUUGGUACCUGCUGUUGAGUUGCUAUAUAAUGUUCGAUUCACUUCUCGUAAUGGAACAGGUGUUAUCGUUAUCUGUCCCACAAGAGAGCUUGCCAUUCAGACUCAUGCGGUAGCAAAGGAUCUUCUUAAAUACCACUCUCAGACCCUUGGAUUGGUUAUUGGUGGUUCAGCUAGAAGAGGAGAAGCAGAGCGGAUUGUGAAGGGCGUAAAUUUGUUAGUGGCUACACCUGGUCGGCUUCUUGACCAUCUUCAAAAUACCAAGGGAUUCAUUUACAAAAAUUUGAAGUGUCUCAUGAUUGAUGAAGCUGACCGGAUAUUGGAAGCGAAUUUUGAGGAAGAAAUGAAACAAAUUAUCAAGUAUCUUCCUAAGGAAAAUAGGCAAACUGCUCUAUUUUCGGCUACCCAGACUAAGAAGGUUGAGGACCUUGCUCGGUUGUCAUUUCAGACAACUCCUAUUUAUAUUGAUGUAGAUGAUGGGCGAAAGAAGGUCACCAAUGAAGGGCUGCAGCAAGGCUAUUGUGUUGUGCAUAGUUCGAAGAGAUUUAUCCUUUUGUAUUCAUUUUUGAAGAGGAACCUUUCGAAGAAAGUGAUGGUCUUUUUCUCUUCAUGCAACUCAGUCAAGUUUCAUGCCGAGCUUCUUAGAUAUAUUCAUGUGGAUUGCCUUGAUAUCCAUGGAAAGCAGAAGCAGCAAAAGCGAACCACUACCUUCUUCGACUUUUGUAAAGCAGAAAAGGGCAUUUUGCUCUGCACUGAUGUUGCGGCCCGUGGACUUGAUAUUCCUGCUGUGGAUUGGAUUGUGCAGUAUGAUCCUCCUGAUGAACCCAAGGAAUAUAUUCACAGGGUUGGUCGAACUGCCCGUGGAGAAGGUGCAAAAGGAAAUGCGCUUCUUUUCCUGAUCCCAGAGGAACUGCAGUUUCUACGCUAUUUAAAGGCUGCCAAAGUUCCAGUUAAGGAAUACGAGUUUGAUGAGAAAAAGCUGGCGAAUGUGCAGUCUCAUCUGGAAAAAUUGGUGGCAAGCAACUAUUAUCUAAACAAGUCGGCUAAGGAUGCGUAUCGAUCCUACAUUUUAGCAUACAAUUCACACUCUAUGAAAGAUAUCUUCAACGUGCACCGCCUUGAUCUGCAGGCUGUUGCUGGAUCCUUCUGUUUUUCAUGCCCUCCAAAGGUUAAUCUGAACAUAGACAGUAAUGCAUCCAAAUUUCGAAAGAAAAUGCGUAAAGUUGAAGGUGGAGCACGGAACAAUUUCAGUGAAAGCAAUCCUUACGGGAGGCAGAGAAGUGAAGACGAUAAUCGGCAAUUUGUAAGGUAUUAGCUAAGGUAUGAUUGGAAGGCGCCAUAUAUAGGUUAGUAGCAGAAGCUGUGUUAAUGAAAAUCCAAUUCAUGGGCCUGCAACAAUUUUGAAUCUGUACCAUUUUAGUUGUUGAAAUAUAGUGUUGACCAGCUCAGAAUUAAGAUAUACGCUUUAUUGGGUUUCCGAGAGUCUUUGUAAGUUGAACAUGAAUGUUAAAGAUUCUUGGUUUUAAAAUGAAUCUUUGUUUACUUGAA